AUGAAUUCCCAGUCCCAACCGAACGGUGGUCCGCCGCAAAGUCACUACCAUCCGUACGGCUCGAACUCGGCUUCCCCCGUGCCGCACACCCAGAUGGCCUUGCCUCAGGACAGUACUUCUGGGGGAAUGCAAACUUUACCGGGUGGACAGACAAAAAGACCCUACCGGCAAAGGCGGAAGGAUCCAUCAUGCGAUGCAUGUAGGGAACGGAAAGUCAAGUGCGACGCGACUGAGACGGCAUCGUGCAACGAGUGCAAGUCCCGUGGGGUCAAGUGCCAAUUUACGAAAGAGACCAAUCGACGAAUGUCCUCCAUCAAACAAGUGCAGGAUCUCGAAAAACAGGUUUCUGCUUUCAAGAGCCGGAUUCGGGAGCUUGAGGGCCAGUUGUACACGGUGGGCGCUGUGGGAAUCAAUGGCGCGGCUCGGGAGACUCUGUCGAUCAAUUUCCCGGAGAUCGGGUCCAUGCCACAGAGAAGACCUCAACCACCGCCGGCGGAGCCAGGUAUUUCAACAGUUCGGAACCACAUUCGGGAUUACUGCAGAGGAGUGUUCAAGCCACCUCCUCCCUAUCGACAGGCCGGCCCAAAGAAGCAAGAGUCGCCGAAAAGUGUCGUGUCGCCGAAAAGUGUCGCGUCGCAACACCUACCGCCUAAUCACAUUGGCGAAAUCCUGAUCAAGCAUUAUUACGAAACAGUACACUCGAUAAUACCCAUAUUGCAUUGGCCUACGUUUGCUGGGGGAUAUGAUGAAGUCAAGAUGAAGAAAGAUAUCACGGCGGUGUCUCCGGCGACAGCAUCGGUUCUGUUUGCUGUCUUGGCGUUGGGAGCGGUGUAUACGACGGACCCGGAGGUCAGGAAGCUGUAUCCCGACAGCGGCAAGGGCUUCAUCGAGCAGUCACGACAACUCGUUGAUCUUUUUAAUGACGAGUUCACGAUUGAUCACGCACGAGCGGCGCUGCUGACCAGCAUCUACCUCACCGAGCUUAAUUGUAAGUCGGCAGCAUGGACGUGGCUGGGGUCCACGGUGCGAAUUGCACAGGAUAUCGGUCUGCAUCGAGAGAGCGGCCCGUGGCCGGUUGUGGAAGGAGAGAUGAGACGCCGGGUUUGGUGGGGAAUCUACGCUUGGGACCGCUUGCUCUCCGUGGAACUUGGCCGUGUGCUCCUGAUUGAGGACCGAGAUUGCGACAUUAGCCUGCCAUGUGCGCUAGACGAUCAUUUCAUCUUCGACUCGAACGUCACAAGCAACGGCAACGGCCUGAACAGUCAUAACCAGGCUGGCUCGCAUUUCCUGCUGACUACCAUUCACGUGGUGCGCAUGAUUAGCGAGUUGUUGCGGACAUUACAAUCAACCAUCAUAUCACCCCAGGCGCUUAUCGCAUUCGAUUCGCAUUUUGGAUCGUGUCAAACCGUUUUCCCGGCAAAUUGCCAAAUCUUCCAUCCACAGCCGCUGGAGCCUCGGCACUUGUCGCCCAUCCUCCAGUUACAGAACUGUCGAAUCGUGCUGCAUCGACACAACAUGUCGACAUAUUGCCCCCCUGAGGUUCGGGCCGCGGCAGUGCAGUCAUGCGUGCAGGUCGCGAAGGAGACGGUGCAGCUUUUGAUUCGCGUACGGAAAUAUCAGCCGCCCAGCCCAACCACCUGGUCGGAUGCGGUCGCAUCGGCAGCCACCACGAUGGUUUGCACGCACAUCUGGCGUUGCAUGCUCUUCCUCUGCUUUAGCGCCAAUUAUGAAGAGGCCCUCACGUGCGCACAGAUCUCUGCUGCCGUGGGAGGUUUCCGAGAGGUCAACAUCGCUUGCGGGAGGUUCCUGUACGGGUUUCUUCGGCAGUUGGCAAACAAGGUCGCCCAGGGCAGUGAUCUGAUGAAGGAUGAGAUGAUCAUUGCCAUGGUCUCCGGAGAUGUCCAGGGCAGCUCCGAAUCCGCGUGGAUCUGGGACGAGAGCGAGACGGGAAUGGAUUCCAACGGCAAAGCGUCCGCAUCUUCCUCGAAUGGAAAUGAAACGGCUCAAUCUGUUGCCGAGAAUCCCGUGACGCUCUCGGAGCAAGAGAAGCGGGAGUGGUGUGGCUGGGACCGCAUCGAAUUUAUCAUCCGACAGUUGCAGAGGGAGAAGACACAGCGGGAUUACCAACAGCGCCCGCUUCAUCCUCCACUGGUCUGGGAGCCGCAGAUGGACCGGAACCACCGUUUCGUCGACGAUAUCGAUCAAAAUCACUGUUUCGUCGACGAUGUCGACCAAAACCACCGUCUCGUCGUCGACCGAGCCGAUCGAGACGUCAUGCCCCCGGCACCGCCUGCUAAUAAUCCGAGCGGAAGCGCUAGGAUUUCUAUUGCCAACAUCAUGUAG